AUGUCUAAUUCCACCAUGAUGAUGGGCUUUCUCCUGAUGGGGUUUUCUGAUGUAUGGGAACUACGAAUUUUGAAUGUCGUAUCCUUCUCUAUAAUGUAUUUGAUGACUCUCAUUGGGAAUUUUCUUAUUGUUAUUGUCACCACCCUGGACAAGAGCCUUCAUACUCCAAUGUACUUCUUUCUCAGGAAUCUGUCCGUCUUGGAUGCAUGCUACAUUUCAGUAAUGGUCCCUAAUUCAUGUCUCAACUCCCUGCUUGACAACAGUGCAAUUUCCAAGUUAGGAUGCAUAGCACAAGUCUUCUUCAUGGUUUUCUCUGUGUAUGUGGAGCUACUGUUCCUCACCAUCAUGGCCCAUGACCGUUAUGUGGCCAUCUGCCAUCCUCUGCACUACCCUGUGAUCAUGAACCCUCGGGUCUGUGUCCAGAUGACACUGGCUUCCGUCCUCAGUGGUCUUGUUUAUGCAGGAUUCCACACAGGCUACACCUUCAGGCUGCCCUUUUGUCAUUCCCACAUAAUUCAUCAGUUUUUCUGUGACAUCCCCUCUCUGUUAAAACUCUCCUGCUCUGACACCUUCAGCAAUGAGAUGACACUCCUUGCUUCUUCUAUAGUGGUUGCUGGAGGUUGUUUCAUCUUCAUCAUCAAGUCUUACAUACAUAUAUUUUCUACUGUGCUCAAGUUCCCAGUUGGAGCAAACAGAACAAAGGCCUUUUCCACUUGCAUCCCUCAUAUCUUCGUGGUGUUGAUCUUCCUCAUUUCCCUUUGCUAUGAGUAUGUAAGGCCAUCUACAAUGUCUGCAACCAUCCAAGACAUAGUAAUCUCUGUGUUCUAUUCCAUAAUUCCCCCAUUCUUCAACCCUAUUAUCUAUAGUCUUAGAAAUGAACAAAUAAAAUAUGCCUUUAUAAAAAUCAUGAAAAAAAUAUUUUAG